UAAUGUUUUUCACGUUAUUCAUAGCGGUACUACAGUUAGUAUUCAUCGAUGUCGCUAAAGCGAAAAUAUACGAUAGGUGCGAUCUUGCUAAAGAUCUGCAAUACAAAUACGGGUUUUCUAAUGAACAAAUAUCAACGUGGAUUUGCAUAGUGCAACAUGAGUCUCUUUUUAAUACGUCUGCAAUGAACCAUGGUAGCGGAGAUCAUGGUUUGUUUCAGAUCUCACAACUUUACUGGUGCUCGUCCGAACAUAAAGGUCAUGCUUGUAAUGCCAAUUGUGCUUCUUUUAGAGAUGACGAUAUUAGUGAUGAUGUAAAAUGUGUCAAAAAAAUAUAUAAGGAACAUUCGAAAAUUUCAGGAAAUGGUUUCAGCGCCUGGACUGUCUAUAGAUAUUAUUGUAAAGGUGAUACUAGCCGAUACAUAGAAGGAUGCCAAGGUCAUGAAGUAAACGCUUCGCAGGUUGCCGCUAUAUCAGAGAAUGGAGAGCUUGAUAAUGAUGGAUAUCAUUUUCCACCUUUACCAAAGGCUGUUCUAAAAAUAUACGAUAGAUGUAGCCUAGCUACUGAAUUGAAAGAGAUUCAUAAAGUACGAAUGGAUGAAUUAGCCACAUGGAUUUGUAUAGCUCAACACGAAUCAAGCUUCAACACUUCAGCAGUUAAUGAAGCUGGUGACUAUGGUUUAUUUCAAAUAUCCGCAAGUUUUUGGUGUUCCAUAUCUCAAAAAGGAGGAGGAUGUAAUGCUAAAUGUUCUCAGUUUAUAGAUAAUGAUAUAACAGAUGAUUUUGUAUGCGCACGAACUAUUUUUAACGAACACAGAGCAAUUUCAGGAAACGGAUUCAACGCAUGGACUGUUUAUUCUCAAUUCUGUAAUGGAAAUAAUGAUAAAUAUAUAGGAGGUUGUCCAGAAAUUGAUAAUAUUAUACAAACGAAUAAACAAAGUAAACAAAUGACCUUACUUCGACCUGUAGAAUAUAAUAAAGUGUAUCAGCGUUGUGAAUUAGCACAGGAACUAAGACUCGUGCACAAAAUACCGGAAAACCAAAUUUCUAAAUGGGUAUGUAUUGCUCAACACGAAUCUAAUUUAAACACAUCAGCUCUAGGUGACGGAGAUCAUGGAAUAUUUCAAAUAUCUGAAAAAUAUUGGUGUUCUCGAUUUGGGAAAGGAUCAGGAUGUUACGCUAAAUGUGAAGAUUUCAGAGAUGGUGAUAUAACUGAUGACAUUGCAUGUGCACAAAUAAUUUAUCAAGAACAUGUUGGUAUUUCCGGAGACGGUUUCAACGCUUGGGCAGUAUACUCGCCUUAUUGCAGAGGAAAUACCGAGCAGUAUAUCAGUGAUUGUGUAUAUUUGGAAGGAAACAAUAGAAUUGAUAUCGAUUCCUCUUAUAAUGAAAAAAACUCAUACAGCGAAGAGCCCAGUGUAACGAAUCUGGGUUAUAACACAUUACAGAAAUCUAGUGAUUCUAAAAAUUAUAAAACAUUUUUCCCAACAACUUCAGCUCGGAACUCAUUUUUCCCCUCUUCAGAUAUAUUGGAAAAUAGCAUCGAAGAUUCAUCAACCAAAAGAAUUGAUGUUCAGCUAUCUCAAAAUCACCUUCUCAGUUCUAUUGAUCCACUGAGCAAAUCAUCAACAAUUCCCACAGUUUUUUUGCAGACUGCAAGUUUUUCCGAUACAAAAUAUGACGAUUUCAAUGUACCUAUAUUUUUGGAUAAUAAAAAAUCUCUUGUACCGAGAUCUAGACAACUAAGCCUGGAAACAACGGGGCGCAGUAGACCAAAGGGUAGACCUACGUUUGCUAGGAAGCCUAUAGAUACAGAAUCGAAUGGACCAUCCGAAAAACAAAGACCUCCCAGACCAGUUGGUCCACCUCCUAGACCGGCAGGACUACCUCCUAAGCUUCCAGGAAGCAAUGGACCACCUAGACCUCCAGUUCCUCCAAGACCUUUAGGCCCUUCCCGUCCUACAGGUACUCCCAGACCCCCACCUCGACCUACAACUGUCAGACCUUUUAAUUGGAACAAUCUACCAGGAGCUAUUUUCACUUUAUGGCCAAGCUCUACCAACGGCCCUGUCUCAACUUCCGUUUAUUCUACAAGCCCGAAUCCUUUACCAGGUCCUGGACUGGGAAGUACCACAACUAUUGCUCCUUCUGCAAAUAGAUAUAUUAAUAGUGACCAAGCACGUGAGAGUAAGACUGUGAAAAGAAAAGAAAAACAUUUCGAACUUAGUUUUCCGGGUUAUUCAUUUUCAAGAACGAAAUCGGGCUUCAGAUUAAUACAAUCUAUAUAAAACUUGGUUUUAAAAUAGUGUAUAAAUAAUUUUGUAAGUUAAAAAACUUUAGUGCAUUUUUUAAAGGUGGUCCUGUUAUGGUGUCCUUUCCACAUUUAUUGUAUGGAAACAAAGAAUACCAAACAAGUGU